AUGCCGCCCUCCCGCCUCGUCCACCUCAUCCUCCUCGCCACGCUCUCGCUCCUCCUCGCGCAAACCCUAGCCUCCCCCGCCGCGGCUUCGGCGGCGGCGGAGUCCGGCGACCCCUGCGCGGCCGCCGUCGCGGACGGGGACGGCGACGUCCCGCUGUGCCCGGUGCGGUGCUUCCGGCCGGACCCGGUCUGCGGCGCCGACGGGGUCACGUACUGGUGCGGCUGCCCCGAGGCGACCUGCGCGGGGGCCCGCGUGGCGCGCCGCGGCUACUGCGAGGUCGGAGCCGGCUCCGCGCCCGUCUCGGGCCAGGCGCUGUUGCUCGUCCACAUCGUCUGGCUCUUCGUGCUCGGCGCCGCCGUCCUCCUCGGCUUCCUCUGA